GUGUCGGUUUCGGCUUUUAUUAAAGCGGCCGAACCCGACUUGGCUCGAACGCGGAGCUCCUGCUGCUUUCUCUAGGGUUUUGUGGGGAAGAGCCGGCGAUCGAAGAAGGAACUCGAGUGGCUAAUGGAGGAUGACACUACUGCCAAGAAAGAAGAAGAGGAAUUCAAUACAGGGCCUCUCUCUGUUCUGAUGAUGAGUGUCAAAAACAAUACACAGGUGCUUAUCAAUUGCAGGAACAACAAGAAGCUACUUGGCCGUGUGAGAGCAUUUGAUCGGCACUGUAACAUGGUCCUCGAAAAUGUUAGGGAGAUGUGGACUGAGAUACCCAAGACCGGCAAGGGAAAGAAGAAAGCGCUUCCGGUCAACAAGGAUCGAUUCAUCAGUAAGAUGUUCCUGCGAGGGGACUCCGUCAUCAUUGUGCUCAGAAAUCCCAAGUAGGGAUCAGAUGUCGGAUGUGGGAAUGGCUUGCCAUAUAGUCUAUGCAUCGGAUGACCAUAUAUGUUGAGCUAAACUUCAUUGUUGUCGGACAAACAUGAGCGGUGUAUGAUUUGCAUGAAAUGAUGUCUGAACCAUUGGAAUGUUCCAUGUCAAGAUGAUCUAUUAUGGUGCAGAUUGUUAUUAUUGAUGAUGGACA